AUGCUAGCGAAAGAGUGCAACUUCGGCAGCAUCCCCGAGACAACUCAGACUACGCCGACGACAAGUGCACAGACGACAGCACCCCCAGUUAUGGUGCCAACAGCAUCGUCACUGUCGACGACAACUGCGUCCACUUCGGAAUCUGUAACGCGUCUUCCCCUGGACAUAAGGUUAAGAAACAGGUUUGUCUGUGGGCUGCGCGAUACGUACCUGCAGCAGCGACUACUUACCGAACGUCAUUUGACGUUUCGUCUUGCGUUUGACAUGGCAAAGGCAGCUGAAGCGGCUGCACAACAGCAAGCAGAACUGCGUGGUCAUGCGCAAGAGGGUGCCGUGCAUUUCAUGCACAAGAACCAAGGCAAGCAGGAUCCAGCGAAAGGCGGCUCCCACGACGGUUCGAAGAAGAAAGAUCAGAAGCUAUGUUUUCGAUGCGCUGCGUGGUUUGGCAAGAAAAAGGCCCAACAGAAAGCAGCAAAGAACCACCACAUGGACAAUGCUGACCCAGACAGUGAGGAAGAAAUGCUGUAUGAUCUUCAUCGCGUACACAGCAUCACUAACGUUGAAUCGUUUCCACGGUUCUCGGUUGACUUGAAAGUGCAAGGGAAACGUCUGGCUUUCGAGGUCGACUCUGGUUCCGCCUUCACUUUAAUUAGCGAAAAAACUUUUCGACUACCGUGGCCUCACCACCCACUGAAGUUACGCCAAGGCUGUGUGCAACUACAUACCUGGUCCGGUGAGGGUCUUCAGUUGGCAGGUGCUUGUGAUGUGAGAGUUCGAUGGAAGUCUAAGGACUACCUUCUGCCACUACUUGUAGUUAAGGGCACAGGAUGCAACCUGAUGGGCCGGAACUGGUUCCGACCCCUACGUAUCACAUUCAAAGGCAUUUCCAAUGUGGAGCAGCUCGAUCGACUCACAGACGUUGUGAACAAGCAUAGUGCAGUGUUCAGCGACACAAUCGAGGGGCACAUUGGUCCGCCUGUCGAUCUUGAGCUUAAGGACGAGGCAACCCCCCAGUUUCAGAAGGCUCGACCCGUUCCCUUUGCAUUGAGGUCAGCUGUGGAAAAAGAGCUCGAAAAGUGGGAAAAGCAAGGUAUUAUAGAGCCAGUACAGCACGCAGACUGGGCAACGCCAGUAGUGACUGUACGAAAAAAGAACGGUAGCCUCAGGUUCUGUGGAGAUUACCGUAGUACUGUGAACCAAACAACUAAAAAGGCAUCUUACCCCUUGUCUGCUGCGACAGAAGUCUUGGCUGGCUUGCAAGGAGGGAAGUUUUUCUCCACAUUAGAUUUGGCACAAGCGUACCAACAACUCAGAGUGACUCCACGCACAGCUCAUAUAUUGACACUGAACACAGUGAAAGGAUUGUAUGCUGUGAAGAGGCUUCCUUUUGGCGUGGCAGCAGUGCCAGCUGUUUCUCAGCGGUAUAUGGAGACACUACUUGCAGGAAUUGAAGGAACCAGCGUAUACUUGGAUGACGAAAUAGUAUCCGGCUCCACAAGAGAUGAGCACGAUGACCGUCUAGAGCUGGUUCUGGAUCGUUUACAGAAGGCUAACCUGCGUUUACGGAAGGAAAUGUGCCAAUUCGCAGUUCGAGAAGUAUCUUUUCUCGGUCAUCGAAUUAAUGCAGAAGGAAUUCACACCUCAGAAGACAAAAUAAAGGCACUUGUGGAGGCACCAGAACCAACGAAUAAGACAGAACUCCAGUCCUUUCUAGGACUUCUGGCUUUCUAUGACAGGUUCAUACCCAACAGGGCAUCCAUUGCUAGGGAGCUCUACGCCCUACUUAACAAGAAUUGCCGGUCGACAUGGCAAGAGUGCCACAGGGCGGCAUACGCAAACCUCAAGAGCCUCAUCAGCAAAAGAACUGUUUUUCAUUUCGCUCAUUCGAAUGUUACGGAAGCAAUGUGCCCCAACUUGUUUCACACGAAGCCGAAGAUAUCUCGUCCGGGAUGCUGUGCCAACCUUAUCUGCAGCAGGAGAUUGCAGAGGGAGGGCUAG